AUGCCCAUACUGGACGGUAGGGAACUGAGAAUUCCGGAUGGAACCGAUGGUCUGGCGAUCGUCCGAAGUCAUUCGGCCAAUGUCCUCAUUCUUCAAGGAACGACGUUCGACAGCUGGUGGCAGGAGCAGCAACAAGCAGCGGUGGGGGGCACGAGGAAUGGCAGGAUCGACAACGACAGCAGCUACACAGAUGACGACGACAGAGGAUUCACUCCAUCCCAGCUUUUACACUAUUAA